CAGUGUCCACCGAUUGCGUGUCGCGAGUGGUUGGUUCACUUCCUGCGGAGCUGCGGGCUAGGAGAGAAGCUCUGCUGUACUUCCCACAAAAGUGUGUGUGCGAGAGUCGCCCAUGGAGGGCAGAUAUUGAUUUUUCCGCCAGUCGCGGCGGAACACUCGCAACAUAAUGGCGGGCAUGAAAAUCCGUGUGGAAAAAUGUGGUGCAAAUUAGUGUGUGAAGUGACUCUGGUGGUGCUGGGACUGGGAUACGUGUCUGCUGCAGUCAGCCAGCCGGACUUCUUUCCAGGUCUUCGCAGAGCGCCCAGCACCAAAAUAACUUCAAAUGCAUACGAUGAGAACUACCUUGCUCAAAUACUGAACUUCAUCGAGGAGCAGGCGCGGCGCAGAUUCCAGCAGAAGGUCGUGGAGUACCAGCUGGACCAGUCCGGGGACAACAGACUGCCGCUGCUGCAGAAGAUAGCGCGGCAGGACUUCACAUAUCAGUUGCCCAAGAUGCAUGAGAACAUCCAUCACGGCGAGCCCUACAUGUUCGCCGUGGGUCCCAACGAUCCGCGCUUCUACAACGCAGAGAAGGAUCCCAGCCUGGUGGAGGAUGAUGACGAUGAUUCCCAGGAGGAGCCGCUCAUGGAGGAGUUCCCCUACUAUCGCAUCAGGGGGCCCAUCAAUGUCAACCCCAAACUCAAAAUCAAGACCAUCAACAAUCCCGACGCCAGCAAUGAGGCGGUGUCCAGGGAGAUGCAGGGAUUGCUGCAGAAGCUGAGCCACGGCAUGCCCAACGGCGGCAGUGUGCUGGACGCCAAUCUCCUGGCCAGACACGAUGUCAUCCAGAAGCCGAUGGACAUCGAGGCGCCCGUGGGGAUGUACGUUGUGGCGCUGGUGGCUGGAGUCAGCGCUGCCAUCACAGUCGGCCUCCUUGCCGUCGCCAUCGGCUGGUACACUUUCUACAAGAAGGCCAAGGCGGCAGCCGAUGUGGAGUAUCCUGCCUAUGGAGUGACUGGGCCCAACAAGGAGAUCUCGCCAUCCGGAGAUCGCCGCCUCGCUCAGAGUGCUCAAAUGUACCACUAUCAACACCAGAAGCAGCAGAUAAUUGCCAUGGAGAACAGCCUAAACGGGGAGAGGAAUGGAUCCUUGUCCGAUGUGAACAGCGACGAUGAGAAUGAGGAGGGAGACUACACAGUGUACGAGUGCCCAGGAUUGGCUCCUACUGGCGAGAUGGAGGUGAAGAAUCCACUCUUCUUCGACGAUCCAACACCAGCCACGCCGGGCAAUGUGACUGUGGUGCAGCAGAGCAAGCCUGAUCCGGAUUCCAAGACACCAAAAUCAAAGGAAUAAAAUUUCCACUGUACGUGCAGGCUUGAACGGAGGUGAAAAUUAACAUUUUAACAUUGACUUUAUGUUCAUACGUAGAUUCCUUUGACACUUUGCCAUGUCUUCAGACUCUCUGUAAGACUGAUAUCUCAAUUCAUUGGUCUCUAAACCAGUCAAUUUGUAUGACCUAAAUAUCAAAAUUUUUCUCUAAUAAUCUAGAAGAGUUGUCUUACAGAUUCAUUUAAAAAAAAAGAGAUGAUUUCUUAUUUAAACAGUGAGAAGAGACAAGAAAUCAUGUAACAUCUUAGCGGAAGGAUAAAUUAAACUUAACACACAACAUAAAAAAUGAAUGUAAAACCCUAUAAAACUGAACAAUUUAUAUAUAUAUUAACUUAAAGGACAUAUUAUUCCUCAAAAAAGAACAAUUGUAAAUGUUGUGGAAUGUGAAGAAUAUAUUGACUGUUAAUUGUUGGAUGGAACUAAUAACAAUACUAAGUGUAUAUAAAUUGAAGAUGGAUCUAAUCCAGAUGGAAACAUUACCAAUUUUGUAGUGUUGUAACAAAAAGAAACCAGAAAAAAAGCAGCUCAGAAAUCUUAAAGAAAAACGCCCCAUUUCAACGUGAAUGUCCAGCAUUUUCCCUUGACUUUUAACCGAGCACAAAUUUGUCACCAGAGAGAAAGAUUAAAGAAAGCAUAUUAAUGAAUAAUCAUCUUAUGAUUCUCGCAAGUAAAAGGCGAGAAAAUAUUGAUGGAUAAGCCCACUCUUGAAGUACUUAACAAUUUAUUGUCAAAUUAAGAGAAUGCUAUUAACUAAAAUUAAAACAUAUAGAAAAAAAGAGAACCUUAUAUAAUCUCAUGUCUCUAAAAGGUAGUUUGAUAAAAAAAAACGGAAGGAAUGAAAAGGGUGAAUUUUGAUGGCAAUGAAGCUUGACUUUUGGCAUGUUUGGAAUGCUUUUAAGGAGAAAUGAUGCGAAUGAUCUAAAUUUGGACAGGGAUGUGGACUUAUGCCAGUAUAAAUUGAGAUAAAUUUAUAAAAGAAAAUGAAGCGUAUAUUUAGAGAGAAGAGUAAACUGAAAUAAACAGCAUUAUAUUCCACAAGA